AUGAAUGGCCACAUCUCCCAAAUCCCAGGUCUGUCCCCUAAACUUAAAGACCUCAGCGAUGGAGACAGGGCCCGAGGGAGGAGAGUUGGGGUCCUGGCAAGUGAUUCGGAAUAUGUUAAACUAGCAAAGCAAGGAGGACAUAAAGGACUCCUAUGGCACAAUGAUUCUUCUAGUACUUCCAGUCCUCACUCAUACAAGGCUCCAGACUGGUUUUCAGCUGUCAAUGAUGGCAAUGGUAAUCCAAGCGAACACAAGAGAAGCCCCAGAGCUCUCCAGCGCAGAGAGCCACCCUUUUGGAGUGAUAAUAUGUCUACUUGGGAGAGGAAGGAUAGCAGCGCCAGCACAGAGAAUAACUACAUUCCAGACGGUGAGACUGAGAAACUGCCAAGUCAGAAUUUGGAACGCAGCAAAUUCAGGCGAACAGUUUUUGACAAGAAGCCUGUUCCGGUGGACAUGUCUACACUACUGAGUUUUGGAUAUAUGGGGGACUCCAAACCUACUGCCUAAUGUUUAGUGUGUAUCCAUGGUUACAAUGUUGCUUUAAGACACAGUUUAAUGAGACAAAACCUUUGAUGUGCUAAAUAUUGAGAAACAUGCAGAAUUUACCAAAAUAUUUACCCAUCCUAAUUAACUCUUCUCACACUUGUAU